CCCACUGCUGACUUCACGUUGUUCUUGUCCUCCUUUGGUUAAUGAUCCUCUCAUACAGUUCGCUUCCAUGUCAAAGUACAAGACAUCUGGAAACAAAAAUGAUUAUACGAAAACUGAGGAGCGGGAGGGUAGAAGUUGUGUGCGUUACAAAUGUAGCCAACUCAACACCAUACAGGAUGUCCUGCGCCAGAGACCAGGCUGGUUUGAGGUCAAAGAUGAUGGAGAGUGGGACUUCAACUGGUGUGAUGUGGGGUGGCUCAGGGAGAAUUUUGAUCACUCUUACAUGGAGGAACAUGUAAGGAUAAACCAUUUCCGUAACCAUUAUGAGCUGACACGCAAAAACCUCAUGGUGAAAAACCUAAAAAGAUACCGGAAGAAUCUUGAAAGGGACGUGGGCCGAAUGGAGGUGUCCAAAUGUGAUUUUUUCCCCUGCACGUUUGCACUGCCCAGUGAAUAUCAUCUCUUUGUAGAGGAGUUCAAAAGAUGCCCUGGCAGCACCUGGAUCAUGAAGCCGGUGGCAAAAUCUCAAGGGAAAGGUAUUUUCCUGUUCAGGAAACUGAAGGACAUAACAGACUGGAAGAAGGAUGGCACUCGCUCAGAGGAUCAGAAGGAUGCAGCUCAAGUGGAAAGCUACGUGGCACAACGCUACAUAGAGAACCCCUACUUAAUAAAUGGCAGGAAAUUUGAUCUAAGGGUCUAUGUACUUGUCACAUCAUAUAUUCCCUUGAAGGUCUGGCUGUAUCGAGAUGGCUUUGCUCGCUUCUCUAGUACCCGCUUCUCUCUCAGCACUAUUGAUGACAAGUAUAUGCAUCUCACAAAUGUUGCUGUCCAGAAAACGGCACCAGACUAUGACCCCGAAAAGGGAUGUAAGUGGCAGAUGCAGCAUCUUCGAAGAUAUCUGACUGCAAAACAUGGCAGAGAGACAGUUGAAACCCUGUUUAAAGAGAUGGAUAACAUAUUUGUCUGCAGUCUACAGAGUGUACAGAAGGUCAUUAUAAACGACAAACACUGCUUUGAGCUCUAUGGGUACGACAUCCUGCUGGAUCAGAACCUCAAACCGUGGUUAAUUGAGGUGAAUGCCUCUCCGUCACACACACCGAGUAGUCAAGAGGAUUAUGAGAUGAAGUGUCGGCUGCUUGAAGAUACUUUGAAUGUUGUUGAUAUGGAGGGAAGGCUUACUGGCAGAGAGAAAAGAGUGGGUGGCUAUGAUCUCAUGUGGAAUGAUGGGCCUGUCUUCAGAGAGGAUAUCAACAUGGAAUCAAUCGGCAUAACAUGUGUCACUGCCAACACCCACUUAGGGUGUGUGAAUGACAGAGAGAAACAGCUACGCCAGCUUCUAAAACCAUAUCCAGGCCAGAAGAGGACGUGACCCAUUCUUUUCAUGUCCCACUAAGUGCUGUGCUUAGUAGUCUCUUUGAGAAGAGCAACUGAAAAAUCUAAGUGAUAUUAUGAUUUGUGACGAUCUGUUCUCAUCAUCUUAGUUAAACAGUAAAUACUGAUUGCGAAUCAAUGAAAAAAAAGAAGC